CCCACGUGGGCCCCACAUGUCAUCUCCCUCUCCCCACUCGGCUCUCCCUCUUCUUCCUCAGCACGCCGCUGCAUGCCGACGACGACGGCGGCCGAAGCAUGCCGGCGGAGCGGCGGCUGCGGCAGGCCGUGGGCGAAGGGAUCCACGAGGAGCGGAGGGGCGGGCGGAGAGGCGGCGGCGGCAGGGCGCGGGCGGCGGAGGUGGCCGGAGGAGGAGGAGGUGCUGCUGUCGCAACGGGGAAGCAGAAGGCCGCUACCGCCGCCGCCGGCCGACCUGGUUCGAGAAACAGGCAAGCCCUCGGUGAUAUCGGCAACGUCCUGAACGCCCAUGUGGUCGACGGCAAGAUCCAGCUGCCGGAGGGGAUCAAUCGCCCCAUCACCAGGAGCUUCGGCGCCCAGCUUCUAAAGAAAGCUCAGGAGAACGCCGUUGGGGCGAACAAGGUACGGAUCCCGGUCAGGAAGGAACCAGCUCCGAAGCCGGCCAAGAAGGUCGUACCCCGUCUGGAGAAUGCCGCCAAGGCCAGCACCGGCGCCGGCGUCAACGAGAACAAGAAGCCUUCGGAGUCGGAGGGCGCCGGCAGCAGCGGCAGCGGCGGCGGUUCAGCCCACAAGUACUCCAGGAAGAAGGUCGUGAACACGCUUAACAACUGUGCUUACUGCUCGUUCCAAGCACGCGUGUGGCAUUACUGAAGCCAAAAGAAGUCGUCGAGGACAUCGACAAGCUCGACAGCGACAACCAGAUGACAUGUGGGCCCCGCCAUUUUUAGAUUAUUAUUUUUGGCUGACAUGUGGGCCCCGCCAUUUUUAGAUUAUUAUUUUUGGCUGACAUGUGGGCCCAUGUUUUUUAUUAUUU